AGCCAUCGGAUCACCACACGGAUUAUGAUCGUCGUCUCUCAGUCGGUAAGAACAACACAGUUAUAAUCUCACAUCUUUCUCUCUCACAUGGCUACUCUGCCGUCUCCGUGGCUUCUCGCCUUGGCCUCUCUGGUUUUAGCCUCCCUCCUUUAUCGCCUUCUCAAGCUCUUCAAUCGACCUUCUCUCCCUCUUCCUCCAGGCCCCAGGCCAUGGCCCGUCGUCGGAAACCUCCCUCACCUGGGCCCCGUCCCCCACCACGCCCUCGCCGACUUGGCUAGCACCUAUGGCCCUCUCAUGCGCCUCCGCCUCGGUUUCGUUGACGUCGUUGUCGCAUCUUCCGCCUCCGUCGCCGAGCAGUUCUUGAAGGUUCAUGACGUCAAUUUCUUGAGCCGGCCGCCCAACGCCGGAGCUAAGUAUAUGGCUUAUAAUUAUCACGACCUUGUGUUCGCUCCCUAUGGUGCACGGUGGCGCGCGCUCCGCAAGAUCUCUGCAGUUCACCUGUUCUCCGGCAAGGCCCUGGACGACUUUAGACAUCUCCGUCAGGAAGAGGCAUCACGAUUGACACGUAAUCUGGCAAGAGCAGGGUUCCGCGCGGUGAACCUGGGUCAACUGCUCAACGUGUGCACCACCAACGCGCUAGGGAGACAGAUGAUAGGGCGGCGCGUGUUCAACGACGGGGCCGAAGGAUGCGAUCCUCGGGCAGACGAGUUCAAGUCGAUGGUGGUGGAGAUGAUGGUGCUGGCCGGAGUUUUCAACAUUGGCGACUUCAUCCCGGCGUUGGAAUGGCUGGACCUUCAAGGAGUUCAAGGCAAGAUGAAGAAGCUCCACAAAAGGUUCGACGCCUUCUUGACCAACAUCAUCCAGGAACACCGGGUCUCUAAGAGCGACCACCACAAGGACAUGUUGAGCACUCUGCUUUCCCUCAAGGAGGUUCCCGGCGAGGAGGGAACCAAGCUCACUGACAUCGAGAUCAAAGCCUUACUUCUGAACAUGUUUGCGGCUGGAACUGACACGUCGGCAAGCACCACUGAAUGGGCCAUAGCAGAGCUGAUCCGACACCCUGAAAUGUUGGCCCAGAUCCAGAGAGAAUUGGACUCUGUCGUGGGCCGGGAAAGGCUGGUGAGCGAAUUGGACUUGCCGAAUCUCCCGUACUUGCAAGCCUUUGUGAAAGAAACCUUCCGUCUUCAUCCUUCAACCCCUCUUUCGCUUCCAAGGAUUGCAGCGGAGAGCUGUGAGAUCUUCGGGUACCACAUCCCAAAAGCAGCCACUCUGUUGAUGAAUGUGUGGGCCAUAGCUCGUGACCCCAAGGAAUGGUCCGACCCGUUAGUGUUCAAGCCUGAGAGGUUCCUGCCGGGCGGCGAGAAGGCGGGUGUAGAUGUUAGGGGCAAUGACUUUGAGGUAAUUCCGUUCGGUGCGGGGCGGAGGAUAUGUGCAGGCAUGAGCCUUGGGCUUCGAACAGUCCAGCUUCUGACGGCAACCUUGGCCCAUGCUUUUGAGUGGGAGUUGGCAGAUGGGCUCAGCCCACAAAAGCUGAACAUGGAGGAGGCUUACGGGAUAACCCUUCAACGCAAGGUCCCCCUCUCAGUGCACCCCAAGCCCAGGCUCGCAUCCGACGUCUACUCUUCAUCGUCCUAAUUUCAAGUUUCGUGCGAAUGUGACAAGGCAAAGACUGUGGGCCCUCCUUGUAUUUUCACUUUCAGCUUUUCAACACUCCCAAAAUGCUUUCCGUUCUUCAAAUCUUAAGCCAGGCUCUCAAAAUAAAUCAAGUGAAUUCUUAACAGAUGUAUAAAAAUGACGAGUAUAUAUUUCUUAGUGAAGUUUGUGCUCGACAUGCUUAUAUAUUUAUUUAUGAUUAAUCUAAUGCAUGUAUCUAAAGAUUUUUCA